CCGCGCGGCUUCGAUGCGCCCUUGCUCGGGUCUGGCGGAGCGCGCAAAGCAGCUGCGAGGAAACCGAAACCUCCGUGGCGAAGAAGAACAAGGACGCGGCGGCGGCUCCUCCUCUUCCUCCCAGCGGGCUGCGCCUUGCAGCCGGAAAGGGCUGCUCUAGCAUUUUCCAAGAAGAAGCCCUGUUCGUCUGCCCUGCAAAUGUCUCUGAAGACCCCUAAGGUCUCCUCGCCGGGCUCCCCUGAGCAGGGGGAUGUUUCGGUGGUCCUCGUGGGCAAAUCUGGGGUGGGCAAAUCAGCCCUUCUGAAUGCCCUGCGAGGAAUGUCAGAAGAUGAUGUUGGGUGUGCGUCAGUGGGCCCCCCGGCCAAAUCUGGAGGGCCUGUCAUGUACCCUGACCCAUCCCACCCCAACAUACUGUUGUGGGAGCUGGUGUUGGAUUGUGAGGGCCAAGCAGACCGAUGGCUGGGGGAAGCAGACCUGUUGGUCGUGGUGACCGACGGCAAGUUCGACGAGACCCACGCCCACCUGGCUGGGGAGGCCCUGGCAGCUGGCAAGAAAGUCUAUUUUGCCCGCACCAAGGCUGACCUGGAGCUGCACACUCUCAAGCGACUGAUGGGCGAGUGCUACGACCGAUCCGAGGUUCUCAGGGCCCUGCGGGGGGUCUGUGCUGAAUCGUUGGGGGCCCACAAUCGUGGGGAGCCCUUUGUAUUCUUGAUCUCUGCUUUUGAGCCCUAUGAACUGGACUGCCCCCAACUCCGAGAAGCGCUGCUGAAGGACGUUCACAAGUUUGAGAGGGUCCUGAAGCCCACCCGCUCGGACUUCGAGGUGAUUAGCGAGCGAGAGAUUGCUGAGAUCCAGGAGGCCUACGAGUUGGGAGGCCUCUCCGAGGUGGUGACCCGCAUUCAGUGCAGUCUGGAGACCAUCUGGAAUGCCCAGCUUGAUAUUGCCAUCACGGGGGAAUCGGGAGCUGGGAAAUCCACGUUUGUUAAUGCCUUGAGGGGUGUGAAUGACGAGGAGGAGGAAGCAGCUGCAACGGGCGUGACGGAGACCACAGCCAAGCCCACGGCGUAUCCCUACCCUGGCCAUCCCAACGUCACCCUGUGGGACCUCCCUGGCAUUGGCACGCCCAGUUUUCAAGCUGAUCAUUACUUAGAAGCAGUGGAGUUUUCUCGCUAUGACUUCUUCGUCAUCCUGGCCUCGGAGAGGUUUAAGGAGAACCACAUCCGCUUGGGCCAGGCCAUUGUCAAACAGGGCAAGCGGUUCUACUUCGUACGCACCAAGAUGGACAAUGACCUGGAGUCCAUGCGGCGGAGGAAGAACCCACCAACCGAAAAGGACGUUUUGGAGGAGAUCAGGAAGGACUGCCAGGAGAAGCUGGCCAAGGCUGAGCUGGCAGAUGCCAAGGUCUUCUUGCUCAGCAGCUUUGAGAUCAACAAGUUUGACUUCCAAAUCUUUGAAGAAACCUUGGAGCAAGAAUUACCAAGCCACAAACGCCAUGCCUUCCUGUUGUCCCUGCCCAACGUCUCCUCGGCAGUCAUAGAGAAGAAGAGGCAACUCCUCCACCAGGAAGUAUGGAAGGUCGCUUUGAUCUCCAGCUUGGUGGCUGCCGUCCCUUUGCCGGGCCUGGCCUUCACUUGCGAUAUCUCCAUUUUGCUGAGGAAGCUGUCCACCUACCGGCAGGACUUCGGCCUGGAUGCAGCCUCCUUGGCCCGGUUAGCGGAGCGCUCGGGGAAACCGCUGGAGGUUCUGAGGGCAGAAGUGCAUAGCACUCUAGGCCGGAGCAUCAACAGGGAUGUGGUGAUUGGGUUGCUGGGAAAGGCCACUGGCUCAGGCCUGGUAGUGGCGAAUUUCUUCCUUCACCGGAUCCCGAUCUAUGGUGCCCUGGCUGCUGGCGGCAUUUCCUUCCACACCACCUACUCCAUGUUGAGCCAGUGCCUGGAAGAGCUAGCUGCCGACUCCCAGAAGGUCCUCAUGAAGGCCUUUGACAGCGAUGUCUGAAGCGGUUCGAAGAAUAAGACAGUCUUCCCUGGGCCCCUUGGUGACUCAACCCCAGACACCUCAGCGCUGUUACUUUCUCGUUAAGUUUCAUCACGGUCAACAUAUGCAAUGCUACUGACGGACUCUGUGAGGUUGUAAGCCUGAUUUGGUUUUGAAUCUGGCUUUAGUGUACUGGAAUCAGUGACGCCAUCUUCACUAGGUUGGAAUGCGAGCAGGUUUAUAGAGGCAGGUUUGCCCCAGAAGGUCCCACGCUGCCCUGUAACUGCUUGCACCUCAGUAUGGCAAUGAGGAGUCAGUCAGUCAGUCAAAUUUUGUUGCUUUUGGCCAAUGGCCCUUGCAUAAAACAAACAACAACAAUACAAUCAUCGACGACAAAAGAAAACAAAAGAAAUUACGAAAGUUAAUCAUAAUGCAUAUAAACAUAUUGCAUGUAACACAUGAUGUACAAAAUUUAAAAGUUUAAAAGUAUGGAAUAGCCUGUCAUAGGUGAUUCAUGUGUGAUAUAAUAUAAAUCAGAUAUGGUCAGACGUGA